AUGAAUAUCAAGUCUAAGUAUGACAAGGUGGUGAAAGCUCUAUCUAUCCGCCAGGUAGAUCUAUGGGCUGUGCCGAAGCUGAUGACUCCUCUUGAAAACAGCUUUCAGACCGAAGCCAUUGGAGACGAAGAGAUCUGUAUUGUACCCAAGGAAGCCAAUUUCCAGCUCCCUAAUAUCUUCCUGAGGACCAGGCUGAAUCCCGAAUGCCAGAAGCUGAUCGACAGUAGCAAGAGUAGUGAAAACUGGAACGACAUUAUCGAAGGGGUGAUAGAAAUGCUUGAGGAGGCCGACCUAACUACGGGUGAACACAGCCCUACAACUAGAAAAUGCCCUGUGGAUCAGGACACCCUGAACAAACUGGUAUUUGAGAGAUAUGGGCACAUCUGA